AGACUUUCAGUCCCUCACAACUCUCCUUAAAUACACCACCACCAAACUUGUUCUAAACAAGCAAAAAUUCUCAGAGAUCAUGUCUUCUUCUGCACAACAAUGGCUAAGUUUAGUAGGAGCCAUAUGGCUCCAAACUAUCAAUGGACCGAAUUCCGACUUCCCUGUCUACUCCUCUGAACUCAAGGAUCUGCUCACCAUCUCCCAACUCCAGCUCAACAACCUCGCAUUCGCCUCUGAUGCCGGGAAGCUCUUUGGGUGGUUAUCCGGCCUUGCCGCUGUCUACCUCCCUCUAUGGCUUGUUCUACUAAUAGGCUCUUGUCUAGGCCUAAUUGGUUAUGGUUUUCAAUUCCUCUUCUUAGUUCACAAGUUCUCCAAACUAUCAUACUGGCAUGUCUUCCUUCUCACUGUAUUAGCAGGCAAUGGCGUAUGCUGGAUCAACACUGUUUGCUACCUCAUUUGCAUCCAAAACUUCUCAUCAAAUCAAAGAAGUGCAGUGCUUGGAAUCUCAACAAGUUAUGUUGGAUUAAGUGCCAAAGUAUACACUGUCCUUGCUGAUUCUUUCUUCCAUUUCUUAACUUCUCAAAGCAAGGCCAAGUCUUAUCUUCUCCUCAAUGCCACUGUUCCAAUGCUAGCAAGUAUAGUAACCUCACCAUUUACCAGAAAAAUUCAUCCAGCAAACCAAGAACAACUAAAGUCAUCAGCUCUUAUAUUUUUGUUCAUCAUAACAAUAGCCACCGGAGUUUGUGCAGUUAUUAGCAGUGUUGGUUCGAUGUCCUCUGGCCGGAGAUUAGCAACUCAACAUGCAAUAAGUCUAGGCUUGCUUCUGGCAUUACCUUUGGUCAUUCCAGUUGCCAUGAAAUUCAAGCAAGUUUUAGAAGACAAUAAAGUGCAUGAUCUUGUGAGUAUUCACCAGGUUGACGUCAAAGAAGCCAGUGAAGAUAAUCAAAGCAAAGAGGAAAACAUUGGAGCCAGUUCAAUGAUAAAGAAAUUGAACUUCUGGUUGUACUACUUCAGCUACAUGUUCAGUGCAACACUUGGCUUAGUUUUCUUGAACAACAUGGGACAAAUCGCCGAAUCACGCGGUCUCUCCAAGACUUCUUCUUUGGUCUCCAUAUCUUCUUCUUUCGGUUUCUUCGGUCGUUUAGUUCCUUCUCUUCUUGACUUUUACUUUUCAAAAAACGGUCAUGUAAUAUCAAGAACCGCGUCGAUGACAAUCUUGAUGGCACCAAUAGCAGGAUCAUUCUUCCUCUUGCUCAACCAAAGCAAUCUCUCAUUGUACAUCAGCACAGCAGUGAUUGGAGCAUGCACAGGAGCAAUUACAUGCAUUGCAGUGUCAACAACUCCGGAAUUAUUCGGAAUUAAGCAUUUUGGAGUGAACCAUAAUGUUGUUGUCACUAACAUUCCCAUUGGAUCUUUGAUCUUUGGUUUCUUUGCUGCUUUUGUUUAUCAAAACAAGGAGAAUGGAAGCAGGAGUUGCAUGGGGAGUGAAUGUUUUAGAACAACAUUCGUACUUUGGGGUUCCAUUUGUUCAUUUGGAACUCUUCUUUGCUUUUUUCUUUAUCUUAGGACUAGAAAAAAGUUUUAUUUGGAUACUAUAUAAUCUUAAAAGAUCACCUUUACCUACAUAAUUUUAGAUAUGUAUUGGAUAAAAAUAUAUAUAUAUAUAUAUAUAUAUACAUGGAUACAUAUUUUUGAUGGUGAUCUCAUGUUACUUGUUCUAGUAAUAUAUAGUUGCCUAUAAAAUAACAAGCAAAUUUACUGUAUGAUUUCUUGUUUUAAAUACUGAAAAUUAUUGUACCAAGUUGUAUGAGCGGUUGGCUGAAUCUCAAUGCAUUGUCUCUUUACGUGAAAA